CAAUAGUCUCCCAACAGCAUUUCUAUUUUUUAUUUUUUUUGAUUUUGGGUCGGAGUAGAUUCAACAGUGAGGACAGGUUCUUUGCUUGGAGUGAGUGCGAGUCAAAAUCUGGAGUGGGAGGGUUUGAGCGAAGAAAUUGAAAUGUCUCAGACGAAGAAACUGACGCCGAAUCUGGAUCAGCAGUCCACGAAGGUGCUGAAUCUGACGGUGCUCCAGCGAAUCGAUCCAUUCAUCGACGAGAUUCUAUUCACCGCCGCGCAUGUCUCUUUCUACGACUUCAACAUCGAAAGCAACCAGUGGAGUCGUAAGGAUGUUGAAGGAUCUCUCUUCGUCGUCAAGAGGAAUUCACAACCGCGGUUUCAGUUUAUCGUAAUGAAUCGACGAAAUACAGAUAACCUAGUAGAGAAUCUAUUGGAUUUUGAAUAUGAACUUAAAAAUCCGUACCUAUUAUAUCGGAAUGCAGCUCAAGAAGUUAAUGGUAUUUGGUUUUACAAUCCAGACGAAUGUGAAGAAGUUGCAAAUCUCUUUAACAGGAUACUUAACGCGUACCCAAAGGCACCUCCUACUACAAUAAUGCCUGCUAACAAAAGUGAGUUUGAGGAACUUCAGCCAGUUUCAACUAUACCGGAAAGCCCUCUAGAGUCAUCUUCAGCUGCUUCUGCAACUGAUGCUGUUGAAGAUUCUGUAUUUACAAACUUCUUCAGCACAUCGAACAUUGCUGGAAAAUAUGCUUCCAAUGUAGAAAAUUUUAGACAGCAUUCUGCAACUAUCACUUCUACUGCUCCUAGCAGUUUAUUGUCUCCUGCACCUACCAUGCAAAAAAUACCAUCUGCCUCUCAUUCAACUUCAUCUAUCUCUGGCUUCCCCCUUGACUCUCUUGAAACAAUCAAGAGUGGCCAUCAAGUCCUUAAUCUUGUUAAGCCUUCUACUUUUUUGGCAUCGACUUCAUCUUCACUGUUAGUUCCACCUAUUUCUUCAUCUGUUCCCCCUAGUGCUGUUGUUCAUCAUUCACUGAAUCUGCCACACCAAUAUGGCACUCCAGUACUUCAACCUUUCCCACCCUCUAAUCCUCCUCUUUCUCUUACACCUCCUAUUUCGAACUCUACUCCAGAUAGACCUGUUGUCAGCAGGGAUAAAGUUCGUGAUGCGCUUUUAUCGUUGGUUCAGGAUGAUCAAUUUAUUGACAUGAUGUUCCAGGCAUUACUGAAGGUGAAUUAUUGAUGAGUAAUCAAAACUCAAGGUUGGAUGGAAACUGCAUAUAAAAUUAGUUCUGUAUAUAGUAGUUACACACCGACACAUCUAACAGGAGGUGUAACUUAGUAUAGACAUCCGUCCGUCUUUAGCUUUAGCCACAAGUUUGCAUAAUGCAUCCAUAAUGGCCAAUUCCACAAUAUACUAACAAAUCAUAUGGUGCAUUAAUACACUUUAUUACCUUCACCACUGAAUUUGUGUGUACACGUGGACAAGUUAUAAUAAGAGAAAACAAUGGUGAAAAUAUAGAAUGCUUUUAAUUGCUAUGUUGAUAUAACGAUUGCUCAACGUGUACACACAAAAAACUGAUGGUGAAAGUACUGUGUAUUGUUAUACUGUGACUAGUGUAUUGUAGAAAUAGCCGUCUUUAUCUGCACAAUGAUGAGUGCUUCGAUGUCAAUGUCGUGUUAUCCCUUUGUUGUACUUGUGUUUUUAAAUACAAUCGUGGUUCUGUCGAUUAUGUCUAUGCAUAAAGUCGUGUAGUCUUUCUAUCACUAAUUAAGAUGCAUGUACAAUUCCAUGCUUAGCAUGCACUUAGAUUUAAAUAAAUAAAUAAAGUUUUAUAAGUCAA